GCGACCCGGAAGAGCAUUCUCCUUAGCAACUGCGGGACCGCGGCGGUGCUGGCCCUCCGGGAGCCAAGCUAGAGACAGCUGAGCUGUCCAAGGCGGGGAGAACUCAGAGCUGAGCAGUGGAGGCUCCCUUGGAUCUGGAGAAAAGAGGUGACCUUGGAACCAGUAAUGAGCCAUUCUGAGUACAGGCUGAACUUCCAGCCCCUGGGAACCCCCAAAGGUGUAUCUUCUGCGGUUGGCCCACAUGGUGCUGGUGCUUCGCCAGGUGACAAAAAGUCAAAGAACAAGUCCAUGCGAGGGAAGAAAAAGAAUAUAUUUGAAACCUACAUGUCCAAGGAGGAUGUUUCACAAGGCUUGAAGAGAGGAACGCUAAUCCAGGGUGUACUAAGAAUUAAUCCAAAGAAGUUUCAUGAAGCCUUCAUUCCUUCCCCGGAUGGUGAUCGAGACAUUUUUAUCGACGGGGUUGUUGCUCGUAAUAGAGCCUUAAAUGGGGAUCUAGUGGUCGUAAAACUACUUCUGGAGGAGCAGUGGAAGGUAAUUAAACCAGAGAGCAGUGACAAAGAGACAGAAGCUGCCUAUGAAUCCGAUCUCCCGGAGGAGCCCCGUGGACACCACCUCCCGCAACAGCCCUCAAAAGGCUGCAGUGCCAGUCCCGAUGUCAUCAUAGAGGCUCAGUAUGAUGACAGCGACUCAGAAGAUGGACCCGGCAAUGCACAAAAUGCGCUGGCUGAUGGAGUUCGGAGACUCUCGGUCUGUGCCCGUGAUAAAGGUGAGGAGGAAGAGAGCGAGUCAGUGAGAAAAGACGAGAGCACUCCCAUGUCACCAGACCCCAGAGCUCUGACGGAGAAGUUGCUGCAGAGAUCAGCCAAGGUGGUUUACAUCUUGGAAAAAAAACAUUCCCGCGCAGCAACUGGCAUCCUCAAACUCUUGGCUGAGAAGAACAGUGACCUGUUUAGGAAGUACGCCCUGUUUUCUCCCGCAGACCACCGAGUGCCUAGAAUCCACGUACCUCUGAAGGAUUGUCCCCAGAACUUCUUGACCCGGCCCAAAGAUUACGCCAAUACCCUCUUCAUCUGCCGCAUUGUGGACUGGAAGGAGGACAGCAAUUUUGCCCUGGGGCAGCUGGCUAAGAGUCUUGGGCAGGCUGGUGAAAUCGAGCCUGAGACAGAGGGAAUCCUUACAGAGUAUGGGGUCGAUUUCUCCGAAUUCUCUUCAGAAGUUCUGGAGUGUCUCCCUCAAAGCCUGCCCUGGACAGUUCCACCCGAGGAGGUCAGCAAGAGAAGAGAUCUAAGAAAAGAAUGUGUAUUCACCAUUGACCCAUUGACUGCCCGGGACCUCGAUGACGCCCUCUCCUGCCGGCCGCUCGCUGACGGCACCUUCCAAGUGGGCGUCCACAUCGCCGAUGUGAGCUACUUUGUUCCUGAGGGUUCACAGCUGGAUAAGGUAGCUGCCGAAAGAGCCACCAGUGUCUACCUGGUCCAAAAGGUGGUCCCCAUGCUGCCCAGGCUGCUGUGCGAGGAGCUGUGCAGCCUCAAUCCCAUGUCUGACAAGCUGACCUUCUCUGUAAUCUGGACGCUGACCUCGGAGGGCAAGAUCCUGGAGGAAUGGUUUGGCCGCACCAUCAUCCGCUCCUGCACCAAACUGAGCUACGAGCAUGCGCAGAGCAUGAUCGAACGGCCAGCUGAGAAGAUCCCUGAGCAGGAGCUGCCCCCCAUCUCCCCAGAACACAGCAGCGAGGAGGUGCACCGGGCCGUCCUGAACCUGCACAGGAUCGCAAAGCGACUCCGCCAGCAACGCUUCACGGACGGCGCACUCCGCUUGGAUCAGCUCAAGCUGGCUUUCACUCUGGACUGUGAGACUGGGCUGCCCCAAGGCUGUCACAUCUACGAGUACCGCGACAGCAACAAACUGGUGGAGGAGUUCAUGCUGUUGGCCAACAUGGCAGUGGCCCACAGGAUCCACCACGCCUUCCCUGAGCAGGCCCUGCUGCGCCGGCACCCCCCGCCACAGACCAAGAUGCUGGGCGACCUGGUAGAGUUCUGCACCCAGAUGGGGUUGGCCGUGGACGUCAGCUCGGCCGGCGCCCUCAACAAAAGUCUAACCAGAAUAUUUGGAGAUGACAAGUAUGCGCUGGCCCGGAAGGAGGUGCUCACCAACAUGUUCUCCCGGCCCAUGCAGGUAAAGGGAGGUCUUGCCUCCAUCCCUGCUGUGCAAGGGGCCUGGUGGGGUAGAACGGGGCUGAGGGCCAUUUCUGGGGGAGGAGGAUGCCCCAGGCCCUCGCAGAGGACUGUGCAGGCAGUGGGAGCUGUAGGCGCUGAGCCAGAGCCGCGGGAGCCGGGAGAGAAGCGGGGCCUUGCGUACAGAACAAGGGGGGACAGCGUGUGGGGCGGGGGUGAGGAGCCCGACCGCCCGGGAGCCUGCUCCCCUGCUCCUGCAGAGGCUCUGGCCCUUUCCAAGGCCUGCACCAGGCUUCAGGGUGAGCGGAGGGCUGGGCCCCCGGAGAGGCUCAGGACCUCCCUGCUACCUGACACACACCUACGAGGCGCUCGGACUUCUGUGUCUGGGCCCCGGAGAGGGUCGCGGGUUGGGAAAAAGCAGCCCGGCGCCCUACAGAAGCAGGCCGACCUCUGCAACGACCGCCGCAUGGCGUCCAAGCGGGUGCAGGAGCUCAGCACCGGGCUCUUCUUCGCCGUCCUCGUCAAGGAGAGCGGGCCCCUGGAGUCCGAGGCCAUGGUGAUGGGCGUCCUGAACCAAGCCUUCGACGUGCUGGUGCUGCGCUUCGGGGUGCAGAAGCGCAUCUACUGCAACGCCCUGGCCCUGCGGUCCUACCACUUCCAGAAAGUGGGCAAGAAGCCGGAGCUCACCCUCGUGUGGGAGCCUGAGGACCCCGAGCAGGAGCCGGUGCGGCAGGUGGUCACAGUCUUCAGCCUGGUGGAGGUGAUCCUGCGGGCCGAGGCUUCAGCCCUUAAGUACAGCGCCGUCCUGAAGCGGCCAGGCCAUGAGGGCUGCCCAGGCCUGGAGGACACAGAACCCGAGGACACGGAGCCUGAGGCCUGAGCUUCGGCAGAGCACCCAGCCUGCCCACCCACCCUGGCUUUUAGCAAGAGGACCUUUCGACACCAAAGGGGACUUUUAAUUUGGUUUUUAACAACUCAGGGGUUUGUUUUUAUUUUUAUUUUUUCAUUUUAUUUUUGCAUCUCAGUUUUAAAAAAUGAACUGGAGGGGAGCAGUUGGGACUGGGUGGAGGGCUGAGGCCUGGCCAGCACAUCCCCCAGAGGGAGCGCCGGGUCCUCUAGAGGCCAGGCCACACCAGCCCUGCCCUCCCCUGCCUGGGACGGGGCUCAGCCAAUCAGUGUCGUGGAAUAAAAUCAAGUGUGAAGCGCUGUCUGUGUGGGCGCCCAAAGCUUGGCACAGGCUCCGCCCACAGCUGGGCCAGGGUCACUGUCCUGGAGCCUUCCUGCUCAGUGCCAGCAUGAUUCACGGCCGGCCGUGGGGCAGGUGGGUGCAGAGCCUGUCUCCAGCUGAUUACCAGGGCCGCCAGCUGUCACCACGGGGCUGUGUCCUCCCUGCCCCACUCCCUCCUUCCUAGGCUGGACCGUGAAAUGGCCUCGUGCACACCCCGGAGGUUCCAGACGAACCAGUGCUUGUGACAGUCGCCAGCCUCGCUCCUGGGACUCCCGUCCAAGUGAAAUCUCCAGACACUCACCUUCCCUCUGUGCCCAGAGCUCCUGUCUGUCACCUGUCACCUUGGAAGCAACAGCCAGCUCCCAGCUGCCGGCCUCUGCCUGCCAUGGCUGAAGACAGCACCUGCUUGACUUGUACAGAGGGCCCCGCACCACCCGUCUCCCACCCUGACGCUGGGGCCGUCUCCUUCCUGCCCCGAUGACCAGCACUCCUGGGGAAGGGGAUGCCUGCCCCUUCCUCCGGGUGGGACAGGGCCAGAGCGAGGCCAGUUCCCUCUCAGAAGGAGCCAGCUCCGUGAGCCCAGCCAAGCCCCUGGGCUCCAGACCCUCAGCCUGCAGCCUCCUUCACCUCAGGGUGUGGCCGCCUCCCCUCCAGCCCUGUGGUUCUGGCCACACCAGGCUCUACCCUGUGAUGUAGAACCAGUCAUUUUCCCACCCACAGAUGGUGUAAAUGGGUUUUUUUUGAGACAGAGUCUUACUGGGUAUCCCAGGCUGGCCUCAGCCAUCCUGCCUCAGCCUCCCAAGGGCUGGGAUGCAGGCAUGUGCCACCAUUCCUGGCUGUAAGGGGACAUUAAACUCUGAAGGAAUCUAGGAAUCCUGGCACACGUCUGUAAUCCCAGCCUUUGGGAGGCUGAGGUAGGAGAAUCAUCACAAAUUCUAGGUAGCCAUAUUAAGACCCUGUCUCAAAAAAAUAACAAACGAAACAGUUGUGAAGGACCCCCCCCCCCGAAAGAGGGGAAAGUGAUGCAGGCUUGGAGCCUAUUUAAUUUAUGUCUUUUCGGCUUAUGUUUGACAAAACUCGGCUCUUCAUGCAUCACCUUAAUGAUUUCUUGCCAUAACCACAUAUUAUCUGUGGUGUUACUCGUGUUUCUUAUUUAAUAGGCUUGGGUUUUCCGUACAGUAAUUACUAAGGGGAGGACCGGCAUCUCCGGCCGUGACCAGGAGGCACCUGUGUCUCCCAGGCCAACCAAGCAGAGGUUACCACCAGGGCCAGGUCUACAGCCUGCUCCAUCCUUCUCAAUGGGGAGAGGCAGUAGUGUGGUGUUAAGAUAUCCUAGAACCAACUGAGGGUCUCUCCUCAUCCGAAAGAUAGGAGGAGAAUCAAAGAUAAUGACUCUCACCAGGUUUGGGUCCAGAGUCCCAGCUACUAAGGAGGCUGAGGCAGGAGGAUCGCUGGAGUCCAGGAGUUCUGGGACAGCCUGGGCAAUUUCCUGCGACCCAGCCCCCCCUGGAAAAAUAACAAAGUAAAGGUGUUCUCAUUGUGCAGUUCUGUGCCACUGAAUGUCCUCGGUGGCGGCAGCUGAACUAGCCACCAUGUCACUUAAAGUUACCUGAAAGACUGCACUUUGGAAGCUUGAGUUUGUCAUGUUAGGAAAAUGCUCCUGCCUGCUGCACCCAGCUGGGGACCCCAGAUGUGGCCUGGGCAGAGCCGGGCAUCGGCAGGGACGCUGGGGACACAGGACUGGCCUCCCUGCCCGGAGUCCAGCCCCCCACCUCACACACACACACACACCGCCUCACGUGCUGGGCCCGAGGAAGGACUGUGACCCCAUCACUGCAGUGGGUGACUCAGGGGCAGAGGUAAGGUGGGGGCAGGUGUCCCACAGCCCGUGGUGUGGACAGAUGCCCUUUGUUCACCAUGCGUGAUGCGUGCUGUGUGUGUCUAGUGCUGCCCAGACUCAAGAGGAAAAUUCACUGGAUGCCGGGCAGACUGGGUGAGCAUUGGUAAUGUCACAUGGCAGAGUGAGAAGGGAGCCGCACGACACAGUACGGGGGCAGGGGGCAGCUAACUAAGCCAGAUGCGGUUGUACAUGCCUGUAAUCCGGCCACUCUUGGAGGCUGAGGCAGGAAAGAUCCAAAGUUGGAACUCUACCGACAAUUUAGGGACUUUAGUGACUUUUUUUUU